CUUUAAUUAUGGAGAAAACCUCUCUCUUCUUCCCCUCAAAUUUCCAAGAAACCAAGUUCCUUUUUUUCCCCUAUUCUGGGACAGAGCUUGUGGAGAGAAUUCUUCAGCAUUUCCUUCUUUUCCUUAGGAGUUGUUGUUACUAGUUGAGGUUGCAUUGUUACCAUGGAUUCCAGUCAUGAAGGGAUUCAGAUGCUACUGACUGCAGAGCAGGAGGCCCAACAAAUGGUUGCUGCUGCUAGAAACUUGAAGACAACAAGGUUGAGGCAAGCUAAAGAAGAAGCCGAGAAAGAGGCAGCUCUUUAUCGCUCCAAUAUGGAAUCUGAGCACCGAAAGAAAGUAGAUGAGACAAGUGGGAACUCUGGCUUCACAGCGGAACGACUUGGAGAGGAAACUGAAGAGAAGAUUCAGAACCUGAAGAAGUCAGCCUCCGAGGUCCAGUCAGAUAUUGUUGACAUGCUCAUCAAGUAUGUUAAGGCCGCAAAGUGUUGAUGCUUGAAGGAAGGAAGGUUAGUGUGGAGCUUGGACCAUGACCUCCUGCUUUAAAAGAGAAUCACCAUGCAAAAAAUAUUUGUUAUCCGGUCUCAGGUUCAGAGCAGUAGCCUGCAACGAAGAAGGGAAAAGAAUGCCUUUAUGAUUUUUAUUUUUUAUUUUUUGAAACAUUAACUUAAUAUUCGAACAUUAUUCCUGUGUGUAAAGCUCAAUCUUCCCCUUUUUAACAAAUAAAAUCUAAUAUUUUUUGCUGUUA